AUCUAAGUGUCUGAGUACGUACAACGUAGAUGGCAAAUGGUAGGUAUUUGGUCAUCAAAGCCAAAUCACCUGCGCCACUAAAGGUUGCCUUGGCUGUUUUGUGGGUCUCCAUUAGGAAGUCGGACCUGCCGUCUGCUGCCUCCUCCACCCCCCCCACGUAAAAGCAAAGCCGUACCUUCAAACCUACGAACCUCCAACCUUCAACCUAAACCUCAACCACCUUUUAUCGUCAUCAUCAUCAUCACCCGGCAUUUCUUCAUCUCUCCUUGCCUCUCCCCAACGCGACCGUCUAUUUCUUGAGACAAACCCUCGCCCAGUGCCUCGCACCAUUCAACCCAUUUCGUCGUCGGCACCCGAGAACAACGUCAAGAUGCGAUCCAAGUUUAAGGACGAGCACCCCUUCGAGAAGCGCAAGGCAGAGGCCGAGCGCAUCCGCCAGAAGUACGCCGACCGCAUUCCGGUCAUCUGCGAGAAAGUCGAGAAAUCCGAUAUCGCGACCAUCGACAAGAAGAAGUACCUGGUGCCGGCAGACCUCACCGUAGGCCAGUUCGUCUACGUCAUCCGAAAGCGCAUUAAGCUAUCUCCCGAGAAGGCCAUCUUCAUCUUCGUAGAUGAGGUUCUCCCUCCGACCGCCGCUCUCAUGAGUAGCAUCUAUGAAGAGCACAAGGACGAGGAUGGAUUUCUCUACAUCACCUACUCGGGCGAGAACACGUUCGGCGAGACUGCCUAAGGCCCCGGGCCUCUUCUCAAUUUUAACUCCCAAACGGCGUUAUGGU